UACGGUAGCAUCUAAAAAUUAUUGGUUGUCACUUUACGUGAAAUUGCUAUAAAUAGAUACCAAACAGUAACUGUUAUAAAUGCGAGCAGGCAUGCACCGCAUAUUCAUCGUUUUCUUGUGAUGCGUUCGCAAAACCCCGCCUCGUAAUGACGACUAUUGGCGUAUUGAAUAUAUAAAUGGAAUGUUCAGUUUAUUUCAAAGAAUCAAGUUAAAAUGGCUCCAAUAUCGGUACAGAUUUGUUCCUUGGAUCGCUCUCAACUUGAAUCAAAGGUCAGCGAGAACUGUGGAUCAAGGUCAUAGUGACAAACUAAUUGCUGAUCAUGUGGUACUGCAUUCUAUUCUGGGUCUGUUUUCUGGAUUCCAUCAGUUUUACCUGCCUGAACAGAAGAUAUGUCUGGAGACUGCAUAUAAAGCACUGGCCAGUAGAGACCCUGCCAAGAUAGCCAGACUGAACUCUCAGGCCACAGGGGCUCUACUGGGAUUUACAGUAGAGAGGGGGCCCAGUACACUACCCCAGGGAGGGACAGGGGUGUUUGUGACCAGUGGAUGUGUCCCCAAGGGAUCAGUGGUGGCAUUCUACCCAGGCACUGUUUACUAUCCACAUGAGGCCAUUUUCUUCCAAAGCAUUGGGAACUCGUUCAUCUUCAGAUGCAUUGACGGUGUGUUGAUAGACGGCAAUGACAGAGGCCUCUCCAAGAUGAUUUUCAAUUCAUGUUCCCAGAGAGAUAGACAAGGCCCAUUCAAUGUCUGUGAUUCAUCAUGGUUGACCGCUUGUUUACAAAACCCACUAGCAAUAGGACAGUAUGUCAACAACCAGAGUAAAGAGUUACCUGCUAAUGUGGCUUACCAGGAAUUCAGUGUGCCUAUGGAUUUUCCUUUCCAUCUGAGACAGUUUCUGCCCAAUGUCUUCUACUCCCCACACUCGGCGGAAGAUUUAACACAAAGAGCCCUAAGGCUUGUGGUGCUGGUGUCAGUAAGAGAUAUUGGAGCGGGCGAGGAACUCUUCUCCACCUACUUCACCGUUGUCCGUUGAUUGCAUGCAAGGAUUGUCACGAUCAAAGGGAACAAUACAGACACCAGUAGAGAAGCUCUACACCACUUCACAGAAGUACAGUGCAUGUUAAAAAUCAGAACAUUAUCAAGAAAGAAAGCAGUGAUCUACAUCAUGAUCCAACAUGUACAUGGACAUCGGUGUAUGACUGUAUGCAAGUGUUAAAGUUCACAGUUCAUCUGCAGCUGUCCGACACGACAAUCCAAUGUGUCUUCGAACACAGGACAUGCAGCUUGCAUAUGUAGUAGAACUAAAUAACAUCUGCGUUAGAUAUCUUGAAGACAAGAUGAUUUUGUAAUAUGUAGGAUCUUGGCAUAUCUUUAGUUCAUACCCAACUCUGCGCGAAACAGAAUCAGAAAUUCAUAUUGAUCCAUUAAUUCAAUGUAGACUGUUUCAAAAUAAAAAUCUUUGCACAU